AUGACCAUUCAUAAAACAUCAUUAUCCAAUGUUGGCUCACCUCACACAUGGCCAGUGCUCCUUGGUGCACUUCACUGGCUUAUGGAACUUGUCAAGUUGGCUCAAAAUGUUAAUGACACCAUCGACGAAUGUCUGUUUCCCAUGAAUGAUGAGGACAAGUUGUAUUUUGAUUACCUUGAGAAAGCGUACGAAGCGUUUAUUUACGGUCAAGACUUAGAUAAUCUGGAUGAGUACACAGAAGCACUAUAUGAAGAACUGAGAAACAAGAAUGCUCCACUUAUUGCUGAAAACGAAGAGCUGAGUCACGAAAACAAGCUACUGGAGGAAGAACUGGCGAGACUUGAAAGUGAACCGGUAGGAAAGAUAUUGUGUCGUGAAAUUUUGAGAACUUCAAAUUGCUUAUUUCUAAAUGUGAGUGUGAGCAAAAUAAUCGCAAACGGUUGGGUACUUUACGUACAUGUGUGA